CCGUAGUUUGGAGCAUAGCUCUUCAGUUACCCUGAAAGUAGUAGUCGUUUUUUUCUCCACUUUUACGAACAACUGUAUUAUUUAUCAUAUAAAAUAAUAUAAGUCUACAUAAAUUCGAAUUAAAACCUAUUACUUAGGUAAAAUAAUUUUUGAAACAAAAAUAAUUUUUCGCCACGAUCAUUCGGCCAUUGAGUUAAAGCGACGGCGCAGGCAGUGGGGCAGCCGUUAGCUACCUAGCGCCAUAAAACACUUCAGUUGGCGUGGUCGUUUUGUUGGGAAACUGCAAGUGUGACGGGGUUUAUUAGCCGCAAGAAGACACAGCUCUAGAAUGAAUGUCGCCAAAAGUGGCUACCGUGUUUUUUCUGCUAACUCCACGGCAGCGUGCACAGAAUUAGCCAAGAAGAUAACAGAGCGGCUGGGAGUCGAACUGGGAAAGUCUGUGGUCUUUCAGGAGCCAAACAGAGAGACAAGAGUGGAUGUAAAAGAAUCUGUUCGAGGGCAGACUAUCUUUAUUAUCCAAACUAUACCAAGAGAUGUCAACACAGCCAUCAUGGAGCUUCUUAUCAUGGCUUAUGCCCUCAAAACGUCCUGUGCAAAGAACAUCAUCGGAGUCAUCCCUUACUUUCCCUACAGCAAACAGUGCAAAAUGAGGAAGAGGGGCUCAAUAGUGUGCAAGUUGUUAGCGUCGAUGUUGGCUAAAGCAGGACUAACGCACAUCAUUACCAUGGAUUUGCAUCAAAAAGAGAUCCAGGGCUUUUUCAGCUUUCCGGUGGAUAACCUACGUGCCUCUCCAUUCCUAAUUCAGUAUAUUCAAGAGGAGAUUCCUGAUUACAGAAAUGCCAUCAUUGUGGCAAAGUCUCCUGCUGCAGCUAAAAGGGCUCAGUCCUAUGCAGAACGGCUCCGCCUGGGCCUGGCGGUAAUUCACGGCGAGGCGCAGUGUGCGGAGUCAGACAUGGCUGACGGGAGACACUCCCCGCCCUGUGUGCGCAACACCACCGGCCACACGGGGCUGGAACUGCCCUCAGGCAAACAACAAGCUCCAUUCCCUGGCAUAGAGCUACCAAUAAUGAUGGCCAAGGAGAAACCUCCAAUCACGGUGGUUGGAGACGUGGGCGGAAGAAUCGCCAUCAUCGUGGAUGAUAUUAUAGAUGAUGUGGGAGACUUCGUGGCGGCUGCAGAGAUCUUGAAAGAGCGGGGGGCCUAUAAGAUUUAUAUCAUGGCCACGCAUGGUCUGUUGUCUGCAGACGCUCCACGUCUCAUAGAGGAGUCGGCCAUCGAUGAGGUGGUUGUGACCAACACCGUUCCCCAUGAAGUACAGAAGCUCCAGUGUCCCAAAAUCAAGACGGUUGACGUCAGCAUGAUCCUAGCCGAGGCGAUCCGCCGCAUCCACAACGGAGAAUCCAUGGCUUACUUGUUCCGCAACAUCACAGUGGACGACUAAAGAGAGCGCCAGAGGGAAGGCUAAGGUUUAGUUUAUGCCAGGAUUACUUGUUUGGCGCACAUGUGUCCUUGACGGUUUCAAAGAAAUUCUUCGGUUUGCCGCAAAUAAUUUACAGAAAACAUACAAAAUAUUCCCCCCAAAAAAAAAAAGGUUGACUCCUCCCCGCUGACUUGAGCUGCUGAAAGGAAGCAGAAGGAAGGGACGGCGUGCAGAGAUCUCAGCACGUAACAUAUUUACAAUAAACAGGCAUGUUUUUUGAGUGUGGCCUGCUACGUAAAUGUUAUUUAUCAAAGUGUGGGGAAUAGAAGACUUGGGACAAACUCUUACGCUGAAGGGGAAUGCAUUUUGGCUGCAAACAAGCACACAACACUCAAAUUCAAGAAUAGUGUUUAUUCCUCUUUAAACGUAAACAUGCUUUAGCAACUCUUACACUAAAGCUCCGUCUUUCGCAUAUCCUCUGGCACGCCGCUUCACAUCACAGACCACAAAACGGACCAACUUUGCUUCUCAAAAUCUUUAUUUAGCUUUUCUUUUUGCAUCGUUUCCUGAACUGUUCAUAACCUCUUCCAAGCGUUUCUUUUGGGUCUUAUUUUCGCACUGUUACUGUAAAACUUGGUCAAUUUGAAAGAUUUGCUUAGAUGUUGGACUUAACUCUCUGUUUGAAAACCUAGUUUCUUUAGUCUUUUGCUCAGGGAGAAAUCGUUGCAAAUGUCUUCCGUGCAAAAACACUGCAACACACGCUGAGCCCUGGAUUCGUGUGAAAUGCAACUUUGUCCGUGUCUAAAAGCUGCAAAUGCUCCGAUGCCGCUUCUUCAUCAGCUCAGAUCAGUAUUUGUCUAAGAUGCAUUUGACUUGUUUGGUCUAUUUAUUCCCCCCCCCGUUUCCCUGUUUCCAUGACUGUUUGAGCCGUUUGUCAGUGUGAAUUCAAAUAAAAACACUUUCCUCUUGUUGAGCUCUA